AUGUCAUCAUCUUCGGGAUUGACCAGACGCAGGGGCGGAGGCGGAGGCGCCGCCGCUGAGGGCGAGAGCAGCAAUGGUGGCAUUCAGCGAAACAACUCCUCGAGCAACUUCGAUAAUACCCCGGAGACGAGCUACGAGAGCAACGAAAAUGGCCACAAGAUCGCAUUCGACCCACGAGAUAUCAGCGAGAGCACAGAGCGUAGCAAGCAGCCCAAGUUGACUCUGAUGGAGGAAGUUCUUUUGCUGGGGCUCAAGGAUAAGCAGGGAUACCUCUCUUUUUGGAAUGACAACAUAUCGUACGCCCUUCGAGGCUGCAUCGUCUUGGAGCUUGCCCUUCGCGGCAGGAUCAGCAUGCAGAAGGACCCCUCGAGGAGGCGCUUCCCCCUGCCUGACCGUGUCAUCGAGGUCGUUGAUGAUACAUUGACGGGAGAGGUGCUGCUCGACGAAGCUCUCAAGAUGAUGAAGGCGAGCGAAAAGAUGAGCGUCAGCUCGUGGAUCGACCUAAUGAGCGGCGAGACGUGGAACCUUAUGAAGAUUGGGUACCAGCUGAAGCAAGUCCGUGAACGGCUGGCAAAAGGGCUUGUCGACAAGGGAAUCUUGCGCACCGAGAAGCGCAACUUCCUGCUCUUCGACAUGGCAACGCACCCGGUCGCCGACGGCGGCGCCAAGGAAGAGAUUCGGCGGCGCGUCAGGAACGUUCUCACCCAGAGGACAGUCGUCCUUCCGGCGACGCAGUGGCUCCCCGAAAACCUCGAAUUCCGGUACACACGAACAAUCGCAAUGGUGUGCGCGGCCUACGCGGCUAACGUCCUCGAGAAUGCGCUUUCCACCCUAGGCCAUGAGGCCAGGGAGCGUGCGUUCGCCCAAACGGACGAGCUGCUGGCCGAAUACAGCCAGUUCCCAUUUGGAAAGAAGGCUACUGGGAACGGAAUUGGCGCCAAUUUGCCACAAGUCAUCUCUGAAGAGGUCAACAAGGCCAAAGACAAGGAGCUUCAACUCGAGGUUGUGGCUGCCUGCCUCAACGUCUUCACCCGCCUCGACUCCCUACUAUAA